AUGCACCCUCCUGUACUUGCUCUACAAUUGCAUUUACCUAAUUUUCAGUAUACUUCAUUCAAAGUAACAGACUCUUUACAAGAUGUUGUAACAAAUGCACGUGCCCACAAAACUAUGCUUACUGAAUUCUUUGUCAUGAAUGCAACCAACGUAUAUGCCAAGGCACUUAAUCUACUUUACAAAGAGUUCCCAAAACAUUUUGUAUGGGAUCGAGCACACAAUAAUUGGAAUUUUCGCAAACAAGGUUCAAUAGUAGGGAGGAUUGUUACAGCAAGGCCAACUGACCAAGAAAGAUAUUUUCUUCGCCUUCUUUUGCAGUACCGUCGUGCUCCUGUAUCAUACGAGGACUUAAGAACAGUUGAUGGUGUUACACAUGAUUCAUUUAGAAAUGCAUGUGUCGCGUUAGGAUUAUUAGAGAGUGAUAUUCCAUUGGUGGAUUGUUUGCGAGAAGCUGCACUUUUUCAAAUGCCCCAUGCUUUUGCACAAUUAUUUGCUACCAUACUUGUUUUUUGUACACCAUCUGAACCUAUACAACUAUGGGAGAUGUUCAAACAAUAUUGUGUCCCAAUUACCACAAUCUCGUCUUCAUUUCCACUUUUUCCUAUUGAUCGUGCUGCUGCCAUAAUUGUAGAAAAAUUCCUUGAACCAUUUGGUAUGCAUAUUCAUGACUUUGGAAUAUGCAUGCCCGAACAGUCCGAAAAUGGCCUAAUUGAAAUAACUUUACAACAGGCAUCGCCUGCAGAAUUUAACCUGGUCACACUCCCAGGAAUUAUUGACAAACUUAAUUUACAACAACAGUUCGUCUUUAACACUAUUAUUGAGAAACUGCAUAACAAGAAACCUUAUGUCUGUUUUGUUGAUGGACCAGCUGGUACUGGAAAAACUUUCUUAUACACUGCUAUUUUGUCAUACACAUCUGAUCAUACCAUUAAAUCUAUUGUUGUAGCAACAUCUGGAGUUGCUGCAUCGCUCCUUCCUAAUGGACAAACUGCCCACUCAAAAUUCAAAUUGCCAUUGGAUAGUAAUGAGCAUAAGACUUGUCAGAUAAGCAAACAGUCUACCUUAGCAAAUGAGUUACGACAUACCAAUCUAAUUAUUUGGGAUGAAAUUUCAAUGGCAAGACGUGAACUAAUUGAGGCUUUUGACACUACUAUGAGAGAUAUUAUGGAUAACAACAUCAGUUUUGGUGGUAAAGUUAUAAUCUUCGGGGGGGAUUUUCGUCAAAUUACUCCUGUCAUAAGAGACGGAACAAAGGACCAGUACAUCGAAGCAAGUUGUGUAUCGUCUCCUCUAUUUACACAUGCAUAUAAGUUUCACUUAACUGUCAAUAUGCGGGCACAAAACGAUAAAUCAUUUGCAACAUUUCUUGAGGAAGUAGGGAACAACUCUUGUGUAAAUAACAACAAAGGAGAGAUUCAGAUCCCAACAACUUCAUUGAUUAGCUUAGAAAAUAAUAACUUGUUGCAACUAAUUGACAAGAUCUACCCACAGAAUUUACUCCAUCCAAGUUCCUCUGCUGCAUUAAUAGGUAGAUCUAUACUGACACCAACCAACGAGACAGUUGAUACUAUUAACAAUCAAAUAAUAGAAAGCAUGUUUGGAGAACCAAUCGUACUAAUUGCAAGAGAUGUAACUAAAGAUCCAUCACAACAAGCACAUUAUGAAGAUUACCUAAAUACUUUGACACCUAAUGGUAUGCCACCUCAUAGAUUAGUUUUGAAGACAGGUGCACCAAUAAUGCUAUUGUGUAACUUAGACCCCACAAAUGGCCUUUCAAAUGGUACACGGCUUGUUUGCAAGCAAAUUACACGCAAUCUCUUACAAGCAGAGAUUGCAACAGGCCCGCAAAAAGGAACUUUAUGCUUUAUACCACGAAUACCUUUAAAGCUUAACAAUAUACAUGAAUGCUCUGUUGAGUUCAUACGUACUCAAUUUCCAGUGAAGUUGUGCUUCUCAAUGACCAUUAACAAAUCACAAGGGCAGACAUUAGACGUUGUUGGAGUGUACAUGAAACAACCAGUAUUUAUGCAUGGCCAACUAUAUGUUGCAUUAUCACGAGUAAAAUCUUUUGACUCUUUGCAUGUCCUCAUUCCUUCAGACAUCAACACUGGAAUACAUUCUUCUUGGACGAAAAACAUAGUUUACAAGAAGCUUUUACAAUUGGCUGGCAUUAAUAUACCUCCACUUCCAAAUCCCACAUAG